AUGCAAAACGGGAAACGGUUACAAAGCGGCUCGUUACAAGACCUCCAAAGAACUAAACAAGAAAAGAAGAGUAAAAACCCAUUCAGUUUUAUUGUCUCGUUGUUCAAAGAUGACCCGAAGCCACAGGAACCAAAAGUAUAUAAAGUGCGAAUGGUGCAACCGACUCCUCAGUGUUUUUCAGAACCACUCAUACGACCAAAGAGUCGAACGAAAAGCACUUUCAUUGCAAAACCAAUGAGUGACGACGAACUGGAAAUCAUUGAGAACACUACACAACUGAAAAUGGACGACUUGAAAUCGACAUAUUACGACCACCUUAGAAGUCUUCCACUCAAAGAGCUUGAGAACAUCGUCGAGUAUAUUCCUAUGCGUCUGAGCGAGAAGGAGCGCGUGUUGUUGGAAAUAGUAGAAAAUGCAUUUGAAGUGAGUGAAUACACAAGUGCAGUUGAUGUAGCAAACACCAACUAUAUGACAUAUGGCGGAUAUUACUGUACACAAGGUAAUGUCGGGAUCGACGAGUGCAAGAAAGAGGAGAUCAUCAAGUCGCAACAGAAAGAAGUAAAAAAGACGAUGAUUGGUCUUCUCAUCUCGCACAACUUUAAUAUGGGGAUCAACCUUUUGAAGAGCGAGGACGCACUCGAACAGUUCAUGCAAGACUGCUUUGAAACUUCGCGGAGAUACAAAGCGGCGAACCCCGCGAUGAUGAUAAAUACGUAUCAAAAGAUGAUGCAUUUGCUCCAAGACACUAUCAUAUACAACCCACUUUUUAUUGGCAGAAAGUUUGAAAAGACACGCAAAUUUAAGCCGAUAUACACUGUUGGAGAGGCCAUGAAGAACCUUGGAAUGACACUCGACGAAAUGAUGAAAGAAAUUCGACUUGGUGACGACGGGUUGGAGUUUGGGGAGAUUGAAAAAAAGUAUGGCGAAGUUGGUACGCGAGUGAUUUAUUCAGUCCGAGAUGGAGUUGAGAUGUCAGCAAAGAGUUGUGGUGUGGUUUAUGGGAUGUUGAAACAACUUGAAAAAUUUCGCGAAUGUAAAAAGGAAACGAAUUUGUCGAUCCAAUAUGGGGUCGAUGGGUCGAAAUUAACACAAAGCCAUGAAGACCACUUUGUCUUUGUCCAACAAAGUCUGACGCUGUGGUGGAACAUCAUGAGACAGAUGCCUUUCCUUUGGAUAAUGACGGACAGAGACUUCUUGAGCGGUGAAGAGUACAAGUUGAUAAACACGGGACAGGGUCUUCAACGAAUGCAAGACUGCCCGUCCGUUUCGAGUGCGAUGAGCACUAUACUUCGACAAACACAGAACUUAAUGUGUGGAGGAAAGACGUGGAAAGGCCUUUCUGUGGUCCACUUAGGGGAUAGAGAUGUUCCAAACUGUUUAUUCUUCAUCGACAAGUAUUCACAAGUCCCAUGGAUCUUAGCACCAGUCCUUAAAACGUCGAAGAGAAUGUUUUCACAUAAAGAGUUGAAGAGAGUCCCCGUGUACUUUGAGACGGUGAGUUCGCGAACGUGGGGAAGGAUCAUUUUGAGGCACUUUUAUCAGCACGCGUUUGAUGGGAGUGGUUCCGAUGGGGGGAGUUGUAUUGAUGGGCGUUUGACGAGUUCGUGGAAUUGGUGUUCGAUGAUCGAGAAGUACAUCUACUACCCAUUGUUUAUGUUGUGUGAUUUCGAGGGCUUUGAUGGUCCAUAUAAAAUGAAAUGA